AUGGUUACCAUCUCGGGAGAUAUGACGGAGGUGGCCGACGCGAUUGGCUGCCUUGAAGACCUGACAUCGGCCACGUUCGACUUCAGUACAGUGGGAGAAGAAGCCGAUUCCACACUGUCCUUGCUGGGUGAUGCACUGGCCAAGCAGCGACUGGGCUCUCUGUCCAUACACCCAAGAAUGACCUCUCUUUUGGAGGCUGUGGUUGUCAGAGCUAAAGUGCUCAACGUUUCCUCUGGUCUCACUUUGAGCUGUGACGGCGUGCCGGAAAGUCUUAUUGCUCCGUGUUUUUCCAUCGUAGAGAAGUCGAAGACCCUGGACGUGUUGAGUUUGGAAGGCCAUCAUGAGCUUCAAACGAAAGAAAGCAUGGAGGCUGUCGCUCAAAUGAUCCGACAUAACACGUCUCUCGUUCGUGUGCGCCUCGUCAUCAACUCGGAGAUGAAUCUCUCUAGCAUAGCUCGAGCUCUCUGUUGCAACACGACGCUGCGCCAGCUCAAGUGUUGGACGAGCAAUCACAGCACACCGGUUGACUACUCGGACCUAGAAACGUUCCUUAAAGUGAUGCAGUAUCACAACUUUACGCUCACGACUCUGCAGGCCAAACCCCUCAAUUGGAUUUGGAAGAAAUCUUCCAAGGAAGCCAAACAGGUGGUAGGUCUGGUCGAUGAACUAAACUUUUAUUGCGACCUCAAUCACUACAGGAACAAGGAUGGUGUGUCCUUUCGAAAGAUACUGCUGGGCGAAGAUGCAAACACGGAAGACCUUGUGGCGGCCGUGGCCGGGAAACGACCAGCUCUCUCCACAGUGUUCUACUUUUUGCAGCUCAAGCCUUCUCUCUGGAUUCCGAGGAUAGCAAAUUCUUAG